AUGCCUCUGUCCGUAAACAAGACGGAACCGACUACGAACCUGGCUCCUUCAAAAGUAAUGCAAGCAGCACUUGACCGUCACCUGAAGGAGAAAGGGUACUCUUUGUCAAUUAUAAAGGACAGAGAAUUUUUGAGUUCUCGAGAAGUGCUAGAGGGAAAGGCGCGUAAGCUGCGAAACGAAGGUAAAGAAAAAUUGCCAAAUAAGUCACGAAGCCUAACAAGAGAGGAAGAAGAAGUGCUGUGGGAAUGCGGACAGCUUGGAAAUUCAUCUCCAAGGUCCCUCCUUUACACAAUAUGGUGGCUCCUGUCACAGUAUCUUGGUUUACGUGGCUGCCAAGAACACUACACAAUGAAUGUGGAGGGUUUCACUCUUAAUAAAAACGACAACGGCAACGAGUUCAUAACAUUCGCAGAAGGCCCCACAAAAACACGGCAAGGAGGAUUACGACUUCAACCAAGGUCUGUACUACCUAAAAUGUUCGCAACUGGUGACUCACGAUGCCCUGUCGCACUUUUUAAGAGUUACCUGGCCAAAAGGCCUGAAGAUUUAAAGUUAUCUGGCCCUUUUUACUUGUCGUGCAUUGACAACCCCACCAAAACAGAUGUCUGGUACAAGAAAAGCCGAAUGGGUAAAAAUGCUAUCUGUAGAAUCAUGGCAACUAUGAAAGAAAACUCACCCUUACAGGAGAUGUGUCCAGACAAAAGAUUGUCUAACCACUCGGUCCGGAAAACUGUGGUGAGGAAGCUAAAAGCCAGUGGAGUCCCAAAAUCCGAAAUAAUCACAAUAACUGGUCAUCGACAAGAACAGAGCGUGGAAGCAUAUGACUCCGGGAACGAAGAAGAGCAGCGUCAACUAUCUAAAAUCAUUGAUGGCAAAGAACCCCAGUUCAACCAGACAACCAGCCGAGUUCCUCUUCAGCCGCUUAUUCAGUCAAGUGCAGCGAUUAGCAGUGGCCAUGUAUAUAAUUUCCACAAUUGUAAUGUGGUGAUAAACCAAGGACAGGCUACGCGUCAUCUUCAAUGCCAUCUUCUAACACCGUGCCGUAAGCUUCAAUAA